UAGCUCUUGAAAAGCUCUGUUUCAUUACUAUACUAUACUUGCUUGAACUCUGAGCACCAAUUAGCUAUCAUGGCCAAGCCACUUUCAAUUGAGGUGUGGAACCCAAAUGGAAAAUACAGAGUUAUCAGCACCAAACCCAUGCCUGGAACUCGCUGGAUCAAUCUCUUAAUUGAACAAGAUUGUCGGGUCGAAAUAUGCACACAAAAGAAAACAAUAUUGUCAGUGGAAGAUAUCAUUGCUUUGAUUGGUGAUAAGUGUGAUGGAGUGAUUGGACAGUUGACAGAAGACUGGGGGGAGGCACUGUUUUCAGCAUUGAGAAGAGCAGGAGGCACAGCUUUCAGUAACAUGGCAGUUGGUUAUAACAAUGUUGAUGUCAAUGCUGCUAACAAGUAUGGUGUUGCUGUUGGAAACACCCCUGGAGUACUUACAGAGACAACAGCAGAGCUGGCAGCUUCACUUUCUUUGUCAGCUGCUAGAAGAAUAGUUGAAGCUGAUGAGUUCAUGAGAGCAGGCUUAUAUGACGGAUGGCUUCCUCAUCUGUUUGUGGGAAACUUGCUUAAAGGACAGACUGUUGGGGUGAUUGGAGCUGGUCGUAUUGGAUCUGCUUAUGCUAGAAUGAUGGUUGAAGGAUUCAAGAUGAACCUGAUUUACUAUGAUCUUUACCAGUCCACACGCUUAGAAAAGUUUGUUUCAGCUUAUGCUGAGUUCCUAAAAUCCACUGGUGAAAAACCUGUGACUUGGAAAAGGGCAGCCAGCAUGGAUGAGGUGCUUCAAGAGGCAGAUGUGAUAAGUCUUCACCCAGUUUUAGACAAAACCACUUUUCAUCUGAUCAACAAAGAAACACUUUCAAGGAUGAAGAAGGAAGCAAUACUUGUGAACUGCAGUAGGGGGCCUGUCAUUGAUGAAGUAGCUCUUGUGGAACAUUUGAAAGAGAAUCCUAUGUUUCGAGUUGGUCUUGAUGUGUUUGAGGAUGAGCCCUACAUGAAACCUGGGCUUGCUGACAUGAAGAAUGCUAUUGUGGUACCUCACAUUGCUUCUGCUUCUAAGUGGACUCGUGAGGGAAUGGCAACACUGGCAGCUCUGAAUGUACUGGGAAAGAUUAAGGGAUAUCCAGUUUGGUCUGAUCCAAAUAGAGUAGAACCAUUCCUAAACGAGAAUGUUCGACCACCAGCUGCAUCUCCAAGCAUUGUCAAUGCUAAAGUCUUAGGUUUGCCUGUUUCGAAGCUAUAAAUAUGGAUGCUGAUCAUACAAGGGCCUUCUAGUGCAAAUUGUCUAAUUCUUUGGAUGUUUGAGCAUGGGCUCUUGUGAGAUUGCUUCUCUGAGGAGUACUGAUAACUUGUAUAUUUGCAUAUGAGGUGCUGGUGAUAAUGUGUAUCUACUUUACUAUCUUAUAUUACUGGCUGUAAUAUCAUGCCAAUGCAAUGGCUUACCCAUAAAGCCUUUACAUCUAUUUGCACUUAGGAUUUGGAAUUAUUAGGUUAAUUUUAAGCCCUUUUUCACUGGAUGGCGGCUUUAUUUUGAA